AUGAAAAUCUUGAGUUGGAAUGUCUACGGGAUUGGCAACCCGUGGACUAAGAAGGCUCUCCAAGAUCUUUGUUGGAGAGAGAGGCCAAACAUCAUCUUUAUCAUGGAGACGAAGAUUGGUGAUGGUAGAUUGAGGACUAUAAAAAAUAGAUGCGGGUUUGCAGAUGGUGUCUGUAUUAGUAGUACGGGUAGAUCGGGAGGGAUGGGAUUUUUGUGGAAGGAUGUUAGUGUGAAUGUGGUGUCUUAUUCGUCUCACCAUUUUGUAGUUGAUGUGUUGAAUGAGAACGAUGUUCUUAAUUUAGUUUUGUGUGACAUUGCAAAUGCUUCACCUAAAGCAAGGGAAUUCUUUGGAAUAGUCCAACGCAUUUAUACUAUAUUUGUUAGUUCUACCAAGAGAUGGCAUAUUUUAAAAGAAAAUGUUAAAGGUUUAACUCUUAAUUCAUUAUCUGCCACUCGAUGGGAAAGUCGUGUUAAAAGUAUCAAAGCAAUUAGAUUUCAAAUAACUGAGAUACUUGAAGUAGCUGAUGCUGACAAUGACCAUAAACUUCAAAGUGAAGCUAGAUCUUUAGCAAACAAUGAGCUUGGUAGUUUUGAAUUUUUGCUUGCUACAAUCAUUUGGUAUGAAAUUUUAUGUGUUGUAAACUUUGUUAGUAAACAAUUACAAUCCCAGGAUAUGUUGAUUGAUAUUGCCAUUAGUGAGAUUACAGGACUGAUUUCCUUUUUUAAAAAAUGUAGAGAGAAUGGUUUUUCAAAGGCCAUGGAUAUUGCAAAAAAAAUAGCUAUUGAAAUUGGAAUUGAUCCUAUAUUUCCUCAAAGACGUAUAAUACGUAGAAAAAGACAAUUUGAUGAAAUAGAUGGUAAUGAAACACUAUUAUCUCCUGAGGAAUCUUUUAGAAUCCAAUAUUUUAUAUACAUUGUGGAUCAAACUAUUGCAUCAUUGGAAAUAAGGUUUGAACAAUAUGAAUCGUAUGAGAAUAUCUUUGGCUUUUUGUUCAAUUCUGAUAAAUUGCAUUCGAUGGAUGAUGAGAAACUUUUAUCUUAUUGUUUUAAUUUUGAAAAUGCUCUUAAGAAAGGUGAGGUUUCUGAUGUUGAUGGACAGGAUUUAUUUGUUGAGUUAACAUGGCUUAGAGAGUUUUUACCCAAGGAGAAAAUGGAAGCAAUUGAUUUAUUAAAUUUUUUAAAACGAUAUACUUGCUUCCCAAAUGCAACAAUUGCAUAUAGGAUAUUAUUAACAAUUCCUGUAACUGUUGCUUCUGCAGAACGGAGUUUUUCAAAGUUAAAGUUGCUAAAAUCGUACUUAAGGACGACCAUGUCACAAGAAAGAUUAAAUGGACUCGCUUUGAUGGCAAUUGAAUCUGAUCUUUUAGAUGAAGUCGAUAUAGAGAAUGUCAUCGAUGAUUUUGCUACAAAACAUGCAAAAUGA